UGGUGGGCGCGGCCGCUGCGACGUUGCGGAGGCUUCAAGAUGGCGGAAGUCUUGACAGCCCAAGAGCAGCUGGCUGUGGAGGAGUUCCUGAGUGAGGUGCAGAGCAGGGAGCAGCCGCACAGUGCUGCUUUCGUUUCCCACCCUACAGCCAUCAAGUUCCUUAUGGCCCGCAAGUUUGAGGUCUCCAGAGCCAUUGUCCUCUUCCAAGCAUACAAGAACACAAGAAUCAAAGAGGGCAUUAUCAGUAUCAACCCUGACGAGGAACCCCUACGCUCUGAGUUACUCAGCGGCAAAUUUACAGUCCUGCCCGGUCGUGAUGCAAAGGGUGCUGCUUUAGCACUCUUCACUGCUCGUCUUCAUCGGCCAGAUGCCACAACCCACAAGGCUGUGCUGCAGGCCAUCAUCUAUCAGCUGGACAAAGCCAUAGAGAGUCAGCAAACUCAGAGAGAUGGACUCAUAUUUAUCUACGACAUGACCAACUCCAACUACGGAAAUUUUGAUUAUGAGCUCUGUGUCAAGAUCCUCAAUUUGCUCAAGGGAGCAUUUCCAGCUCGCCUAAAAUGUGUCUUCAUUGUGUCGUCACCUCUUUGGUUUCGAGCACCUUUUGCUGUUCUCCGCCUGUUUGUACGUGAGAAACUAAGAGAAAGGGUGUGCACAGUGAAAGCCCACGAAUUAGCCAGUCAUAUCCCGGUCUCCUCCCUCCCUGAGCACCUGGGUGGGACAUCCCAGUAUAGCCAUGUGGCAUGGAUCCAAUCAUGUGUUAAUGUGCACACAAACAGUAUUCAGGGUAAUACACAAGUGCAUGAUACACACGACUGUGUAGGAAGCUUGCUGCGCUCUUACAGUUUAGAGUGUGGUAACUCUGCUGCAGAUGCCACCCUUUUCCAUACCCAUAAAAAUGCACAGUUGGGCUCUGAGAUAGCUGUGGCUAACUCGAACUGCUACGGUGAUAGCAACGCUAACCCACACAACCACUGUGGUGUAGUGGGGGCCAGGACUCGAGGUCCGGGCCAGUACCAACAAAGCUCAAAAUCAGCUGCCAACAGGCCACAGGGGAACCACCAACACUGGAAUGGCUCAGCUGUGAGCGGGGCCAACUUGGCUGUUAGUGGCACUAGCCCUAAUGCUAAUGUAAACGGCUGCACCCACCAAGCCCCUCCGCAGUCAGAAACUCCACCUGACACGCCUGGUUACCAAAAAGGUGGCAGCGAUACAGAGGAUGGCCAUGCAAAAGACUCUGCCCACAGGGCCCAGAAUGAGUCUGUGAAAGAGGAGCAGCAUGAGGAAGGAGAAGGGGUGCCCCCAUUACCCCAGAAGGCUUUACUACGUCCGCCACAGCAGCCCUCCUCUGGCACAUUGUUCUCAUCAUGGGUUCCCGACAAUGAGGAGCAGUACACAGAGGCAUCUGUUCACAUGCCAGAGCAGGGGGGAAUGACUGUGUGGGAGCUGGUCGAUCAUGUGAAGAGGAAGAAGAAGAAAGGGAUCUAUCUGGAAUACGAGGAGAUUCGCAAAGAGCCACCAGCAGGCACUUUUGACUACUCCAAAAAACUGGCAAAUCAGAUGAAGAACAGGUACAGUGAUGUUCUCUGUCUGGACCAGUCACGGGUGCGACUCAGCCAGCUCUGUGACAGUAAAGAUGAGACAUCAGAUUACAUUAAUGCCAGCUUCAUGGACGGGUACAAGAGGAGCAACGCUUACAUUGCUACUCAGGGUCCUUUGCCUAAAACAUUUGGUGACUUCUGGCGGAUGGUGUGGGAGCAGAUGGUACUUAUAAUUGUUAUGACUACCAGAGUGGUGGAGCGAGGACGAGUCAAGUGUGGUCAGUACUGGCCUCUUGAGGACGGCAGGACUGAGCAGUACGGCUACUUCCUGGUCAGGAACACACACAUUCAGGUGUUUCAGGACUUCAGACUGUCCCUUCUUGAACUGUACAACACACAGUCUGGAGAGAGACGAGAAGUUUGUCACUACCUCUACGUCAGCUGGCCAGACUUUGGUGUCCCCAAGAGUGCUUCUGCAAUGUUGGAUUUUCGUGACCACGUCCUUAAGAGGCGAGAUGCAGCAGUAAAGAACUUGGGCUCCAGUUGGACGGGGCCUCCAGGGGGCCCCCCAGUUGUUGUGCACUGCAGUGCUGGCAUUGGACGUACAGGCACAUUUUGUACUCUGGAUAUCUGUCUGUCCCGGCUAGAGGACAUCGGCACAGUAGAUGUUCAUCAGACGGUGCGGCGGAUGCGUACACAAAGGGCUUUCAGCAUCCAGACCUGGGACCAGUACUACUUCUGUUACACAGCAGUGAUCGAGUAUGCCCAGCGCCAUGGGAAACUGACCCCAGUGCAGUGGUCAGACUCGGAAUUGGAGACUGACAGCGAGUGAGAGAAACAGAUAUGUAGAAAGUCGGAUGUGAUCACCAACCGAAGCUGCAGUUACUGGAAUAAAACAUUAAGAAAUGGCCCUCCGGUGUAGGAACGGGAGGUGACCUUUCUGCAGUGAAGAGAAAGGACAAAGGAUGGAGAUCUCUCUCUUUUUAAACCUUGAUGUAAUGACAGAUUUGUAUUUUCUCUUACUUCACUUGGAAAGACAGAUAAACAGUUGAAGAUAAAAAAAUAAAAAAAAAGAGACUGGAGCCUGUGCAUUGCAUCACUGAGUAAGCUGUUCUGCCAAUUUUUGAGCCCCUUUUUAUUUUGCAAACUGCAGGAGACUUGGCCUGACCUGAACGUAUCGUGUUGACAAGAGCUUUGUAUGAGAUGUAGCAUAUUUUUUUAACUGACUUGCACAUGACUGAUAACAAACUUGAACUUUACCCCUUGAAGCCCUCCAAAUCUGCUCCCCCCCACCCCC